UCAUGAUGGAAAUUUGCACAAAAAUGAACUUCCUAUUAUCAUGUGACAGGUUAAGAAGAAGAAGAAGAGCACAAUGGAUGCUUUGUUAUCAGAUAUUUGCAUCAGCAUGUCCGCUGCUCCAACUUAUUUGCCUGCUCAUUACUUCAAGACUGAAGAUUCUCAUGGAAACACCAAGGAGUUUAAUCUUAUUGAUGGGGGAGUAGCUGCCAAUAAUCCGGCCUUAGUUGCCAUUGGAGAAGUAAGCAAACAGAUAUUCAAGCAAGAUUCAGAUUUCUUCCCGAUAAAACCUAUGGACUAUGGCCGGUUUUUGGUCAUUUCACUUGGCACAGGCUCAUCAAAAUUUGAAGAGAAGUACGAUGCACAAAAGGCUAAAUCAUGGGGAGUGUUGGAUUGGUUACUUAGCAGUGGUUCCACACCAUUAGUAGAUAUCUUCACACGGGCAAGUGCGGAUAUGGUGGAUAUUCACAUUGCUUCUGUUUUCAAAGCCUUGCAUUCUGAGCAGAACUAUCUGAGAAUUCAAGAUGAUACCCUACGGGGGACACUCUCCUCAGUUGAUGUUGCCACCAAGGAUAACUUGGAGAAACUUGUCAAUGUUGGAGAGUUGCUUCUAAAGAAACCUGUCUCACGGGCAAAUUUGGAGACUGGCCAGAUGGUGCCUACUUGUAGUGAAACAGAGGAGACCAAUGAGGAAGCUCUCAAGAGGUGAGCUUGGCACCACCUAUCAGGAAUCAGGUUAUUAUAAUUGCAGUAUGCAUCUCUACUUAUUAGCUAAUUAGCACCUUAUUUUCAAAUUUGCAAAGCUGUUGUCUGAUGAAAAGCAAAUUCGUCAAGCAAGAUCACCGAAAUGAAGUCCGGUCUUUUUUACGUCAAUGCUCUGCCAGAGAGAAAUUUUCUCUGCAUGGCAUACCCCACUUGCCUAUUAGAUUAGAAAUAUUUAGGAAAUAAGCAGAUUUAUCUCAUAUUUUGGAUAAUUUUGCACCAGUUGCCGUCUAUACAUCUGGAAAAGGUUCAUCUACAGCUGGUUUUACAUCAUCUGUAA